CCAAAAUUUAAGGAUCCAUUUCUUACUACUCUGUUUUCUUCUUCUUUCCAUUUAAUCUCUAAUUAAUCACAUUUUCUCGAGGCUGCUGAUUUUUUCACACAGAGCACAAUGGCGAAUUCGGCAUCUGGGGUUGCUGUGGACGACGCGUGCAAGCUGAAGUUUCUGGAGCUCAAGGCAAAACGUUGCUUCAGGUACAUUGUGUUCAAACUUGACGACGGACUCCAGCAAGUGGUGGUGGAGAAGGCCGGGGGCCAAGACGAGACUCACAUCGACCUCAACAACAGCUUGCCUGCUGAUGAUUGCCGGUAUGCUGUGUACGACUACGACUUCACAACUGAUGAGAACUGCCGCAAGAGCAAGAUUUUCUUCAUUGCUUGGUGUCCUGAGACUUCAAAGGUGAGGACCAAGAUGCUUUACGCGAGCUCAAAAGACCGGUUCAAGAGAGAGCUGGAUGGCAUUCAGGUUGAGUUGCAAGCAACUGAUGCAAGUGAGAUGAGCAUGGACAUCUUCAAGGAAAGAGCUUAUUAGUUCAAGUUUCUAUUUUAAAAAUCUUUCUUUUUCAAUUUUGAGUUGAUGAUUUUCUGUUCUAUUUUGAGCAAGGAUAUGAGAGUUUUUCUUGAAUGCAUUUCUCUAAUUUGUUGAGUCUUGUUA